AUGAGAACACUUGAAGACCCGCACAACCAAGCUGCUGACGCGGGGCUUUCGAAAAUCUUCAGAUUCAUCGAUCACGGCUCGGAAUUGCCAGUGACUGAAGUGAAGUCUUUGAGGAGAACUGCUGCUGAGCUCAGAAUUUGGGUAGAAGUGUAA